AUGACCCCAAUUUCCCUGGGAAAGGACCCAAACAGCCAAACCCCAAAACGAGGCGGCCGCCUCGGGUUUACCACAGCGCGGGGAAGGUCACGUGGGCUGACAUCACACCCCCCUCUACGGCUUUCCACGGCCGCCCUCGCGUUACGCCUGGCGGCGGCCCCCAUUGGCCGGGCGGGCAGGCUGCCGGCCGCUGAUUGGCUGGCGGCCGGCGCGGCGGGCUCCGCGCUCCCUCCCCUCGGCUCCGCGCUGCCCGCCAUGGCGGCGCCCGGGCCGCGGAAGCGCAGCGGCCCCGCGCUGUGCGGGGCGGGCUGGGCGCGGGGCCCCGCUCCGGCCGCGGCGCUGGGGAACGGCGUCCCGCCUCACAAGCGCCCCAGGGGGCCGGCGGCGGGGGCCGAGGCGCCGGAGGACCCGUUCGGGGACGGCGACGACUUCACGGCGGACGACCUGGAGGAGAUCGACACGAUCGCCUCGCAGGCGCUGUCGCAGGACGCGGCCCCCCCGGGACGCGCGUGGGGAGGCUGGGCUGGGCCGCGGGGCAGGGCCGCGGGGAAGGAGCCCAGAGGGAGCGGCGCGGAGAGCGGGCUGCUGAGGGACGCGUUCCGUUUUGAGGUGCUGCAAACGCAGCACGAAGAAACCCGGCACAAGCUGAAAGAAAUGGAGGAUGAAAUUCUUAUUAAAAAUGGAGAAAUUAAAAUUUUGCGCGACUCAAUGCAGCAGAUGGAGUAUGCUAUGGAGGAACAGAAAAAAUCAUAUAUGCUAUUGGAACAGCAAAAAUCUCAGACCCUAAAGGAAAAAGAAAGAGAGUUCUCCAAAAAGAUACUGUCUUUGCAGUCAGAGUUGCAGUUCAAAGAUGCAGAAAUGAAUGAACUAAGAACGCGACUUCAGAACUGUGAGAGAAAUAAACAUGUUACUCAAACAGUUUUAACACCAAGCCCUAAAAAGAAUUCUGCAAUCCAAGUGAAAUCAGAAGGAUGUUCUCCACAGCCUGGAAAAAGAUCUUUUCCUACAAAGGAGUCUUUCAGUGCUGACACGUCUACUAGACCAUCUUGUUCUUCAAGAAACUUGUUUGCCCAGGCUGCUUCCAUCAAAGAAGAUAGUAAGAUACCCCAUCCUGAAGUUUUAUCCAUGAAGCAUGAAACAGUGGCAAAAAACGGUUCCUAUAAAUCUGUACAUAAACGAAACACACAAGGCUCUAUCUUACUGAAUGCACUGAUGAAGCAGCCCAUUGUCUCUGGGUCUUUACUAGGUCUCUGCCAUCUUCUUAGUGGUAACUCAGAGACCCUACAAGGAGCUAUGUUACAGCCUAACCUUCUGGAUACGAAGCCAACACAAAUACGCAACAUCAGGACAACUCAGGAAGAAAUUGCUCCUCUUGUAUCCCUGCGAGAAGCUCAAAAACUUGCAAUAACAGGAUUGAACUUGAUUGCUAUGGAUGAAGGGUCAUCUGCAGGAAGCCUAGCAGGAAGUGGGAGAGAGUUCUUGCCCCUCAGAUGUUGCAAGAUCAGAGGCGCUGUGCAUCUCUUGCCCUUGGUGGAGCACCAUAUUGGUGCAUACUGUCAAGCAGUACAAUUGGCGGACAAGGCAGUAAAUGGUUCUUGUGGAAACCAUUCAGUUGUUUCUUCUAGAACCAGCACAAAUACGGUAUCAAGUAAGGAGGACUUCAGGUUGUCUCUUGAAGAAACAACAGUUAUAUCACUGGGUAUUCUUUAUUAUUUGGCAUUUUAUAGCUGGGAUGUUGUCCACAUACUGCUGUCUGCUGAAGUAGAAAAAGGUUCUACUGUUGGAGAUGACGAGAUUUCCAAGAUGGACAAAAAUGUGUUGUGUGGUAAUAAAGAAGAUACCAGGACACAAGGAGGGCUGUCUGAAGCUCCACAGGAUGUCCCCAUUAACGAUCGAGCUCAACAUUCUUUGUUCAGAAAGCUGAUUCAGGUUUUAGAUUUUUCUACAACAGGCUCCCAGACUGAUAACAUACUAACGCAAAGCCUGAAAGUUUUGGUAAAAUUAGCUGAAAAUUCAACAGUGGACUUGCUAAUAAAUUUUCAGCACUUACUGAGUAGCCAGAUACUGCUCCGUUGUCUGUGUCCAGAGAUCCCUUUGCGUGCUGUCCUUUUGACCGUGAAACUGUUGUCUGUACUUGCUCAACACCACAUGUUGGUUGCUCAGCUUUGUUCUCAUUCAGAUGCCUGCCUUCUUCUUGCACUGUACAUGUAUAUCACAUCAAGGCCAGAUAAAUCAGCAUCUGAAGUGCUUUGGCUUCAGCUGGAACAAGAGACAGUUAGACUCCUGACAAGGUGUAUGCGGCGCUCCAGGCCAGCGAUUUUACUACCUGGUACAGACUGCCAGUGUAACCUUGAGGUGGUUAAGGCACUAAUUGUAAUGUUACAUAGACAGUGGAUGAAGAUUAGAAGAUCUGAUAGCGGCUCGUGUGCACAUAAGGAGCAAAUUAUUCAGUUUUUACGAGACGCUGUUUUACUCUUACACAGCCUAUCUCAGAAAGAUAAACUGUUUCAUGAACACUGUUUGGAAGUACUGCAUCAAUAUGACCAAGCUAUGCCAGGCAUAAGAGCCAUUCUCAAAAAAAAUAGAAAAUUGAGUGGCUGUGAAGAGCUGAUGUUGGAUGAAUUGUAUCCUCCUGAGCCAGAAGCAGAAGAUCAGGGAAUGGACUCCAGUUAGCUAAUGUUUACCAAGGGUCUCUGUCCUUCCUUAUCUAAAUCAUAAUAAUCAGUGCCAAUCUGAAAAUUAAAUGAGCUGUUUUAUUAAGUGAUAAUCUAAAGGUUGCACUCAAAUGCAGCACAACAAAAAUGUAUUUCUUUGUUGUGAUUUUAUGCUAUCCAAAUGAACCUGAAAGCAAAGAAAUUUUGAUGUAACAAAAAUGAUACUGCAAUGUAUUGUUUUGCUGUGCAAAACCACCCAAGGGGUUAUGAAUGGUUCUGUUCGGGUUUCAUUCUUCAUGAAACAGCUGUAAAUAGAAUGGAAACUUUUUGUUUUCCAUUUUAACUGUGAUUACAGCUAAAUUUCAGCUAAAUUUAUGAUGCUGAAUGUCCUGAGGUGUUUGUGAUCACUGAGUUCAUAUGUAAGUCUUCUAAAAAUAUUUGUUCUGUUUCUUUUGCAGCUGUUAGCACGUUCUUGCAUGAUUUCCACAUUUUCAUGUUGAUAUUAGUAAAUUGUUUAUUGUGCUUUUUAUAAAUUUGUAGAAAUAACUUACAGUUGGCGGUUCAGUUCUGAGCAAGAAAUUCAUCAAAGUCCUGUAAUAAUCAUCCAAGAUCACUCAUUUUUUCCCUCAAAUCCGUGAAUGUGCUGAAAGUACAACUAUUUAAGAUGCCAAAACAAAAAAUAGUAGAACUUUUUCCAAAAGUUACCUUAGAAGAAUGAGAUGGUAAACGUUUAGGCUAUUUUUUUUUGUCUUACUAGGUAAGAGAGGGAUGUUUAAAUCUGUGCAGAAUGACUGUUUUCUGGAUUGUGGUGUUUGCAUCUGUGUUGUAGUAAAAAUGAAUGAGUGCUUCUAGGGUACAGAACAAAUAACAGGAGGAAGAAUUGUUGCUUUACCCUUUCAACUGUGUAUGAUUAUCAGCUGCCACACUUAGCUGCUGGUAGUGGCUGAACCUUAGAUCUUAGAAGUGUAAGUGCUACUAAAAUAAGCCUAGAGGUUUGUUUUUACCUUGGAAUGCUUUUUUCUUUUGACAGAUACCUGAUUCUAAUUCUAUAGAAUACUAGAAUUGAAUAGAGGAAGCUAUGGAUUAUACCUUCUUUUAACAAACAUUGAACUUUUUUCAAUUUUUAAGUGAAAGCUGCAUUUAUGAGGCAUCUCAAAAGAAGGAACAAACCUUUCCUUAGGCCAAAACUGACCUUAUGUAGUGUUUGUAAGGAAGUAGGGGAGAAAUGAUCUACAGAUAGUAGACUAAGUUAAAUUCAAUCCUAGCUUUCAAUUGCUUUGUUUUAAUGUUAUGUGUACUUCACUACAAGGAGGACACUGUGCUAAUUUUAGUGCUUAUGAAAGAAACUAGAGCUUCAUAUUCCUAGAUUUUGCAGUUAACAGACAUCAUAUUACAGCUGAGCAAAUUGUGAUGGCAAAAAAAAAAAAACCUGCACUAAGGAAAGAGGGACUCCUACCAAGACAGGAUUACAGUUGGGCAGCAAAGAGUACUGUUAACAGUGCUCUUAAUUUAGAGUCUAGUAUUUUUGGUCUCUUACUGUUUUAUCACCCUAAGCUGUUUAUUAUUUUUAUCUGCUGUGUAACUAAAUUAGCACUAUACCUUCCCCUACUAUCCUCUUCAGGAGGUGGGAGGUGUAUUAGGACUGCCUGGGGCCAGAGCAAGCCAUGGAGCAUAUACCUUUUCAGUUCAUCUCCCUGGGGUUGGAUGGGUGCUGGUUUGCAUUCUCUGCACUGAAGGUGAAUGGGGUUGAAAGCUGUUUCUCCAUGCAGGAAGGAGGGAAGAGUGGAACAUAUGGCGCUGGGCUCAAAGCUGGCCCUUGGGCUGGUCUCAGUUGGUUCCCUUCUUUCUUUCCCUAGGGCAUUCUUCCUCUGGACAGGGCUGGACUUGAGAAAAUACAUGCCAAAGAAUUUCUUUUGCGCCAAGAAGUGAAAUGUGCUCAAAGCUACUUACAAGACCUGGGGCAGGGAUCAAGCUAUAGAAAGGACUCUUCCAGGCAAAGCUUUCUUGGCUUCUGCAGCUGCUCUGGGUGUUAGGCUGGCACCCAGGCUGGGCAGCCCCACGUGCUGUACCGGAUGAUGGGGGCCACUGGCAAACUAUGACCUGAAAGUAACAGAACUCAGCCUGCUCUCACCAGACACUCCCUGUAGAAUUUACAGCACAGCAGCUCUUUUUCAAGGCCAGUUCCUAUUUUCCCAUGUUACAGAUAAACUGUUUCUCUGAGAAAAGGAAUUUACUCCAGCAACAAGCACUGUCAUAGGAGUGAAUACUGAAGCAUUAAGCAACACAAACUAGUCAUGUUCUAUACAUGACCAUCACAUUCAUCAGUUGGCAGCAGCCAGCCUGCUGUUUCGCUUCCCUUCUGAAAGCUGAGCUAAGUAUAGCUGGCUUUCCCCCCUCAAUGAGCUGAGCUCUGCAGGCAGGGCUAAAGCUAGGCAAGAACUGGACGAAGGCAGCAAUUGCUUCUAGUAGUUUAGCUAUUACUCAGACAUUGUAUGCAAAAAGGAGAAGGAUGGCCUUGCCGACUUGCAUUUUACGACGUACUGACACUUCUGGUUGAACAGUCACAGUUCAGGAGGACAUAUCGCUGCGUUGGUAAGUGUCUUCCUGUGGUGAUCCAGGGACCUGAUGCACUGAAUGGAUUCAAACAUGGAACAGUUUAUUUCUGCUAAAGCUAGGUACACAGAUAAAGUAAAUGGUACUUCACCGAUUAAAACAUUUAUGGAGCGUGCACAGAUAGCACCUUAUUCCCUGCAACUCAGAAUCAUCAACUAGCUGAAGUUGGAAGGGACCUCUGUAGAUCACCUAACCCAGUCCACAAAUUUCUACAGACAAGACAAACAACAUCUGUUUUGUAUCAUGUCAGGCCUCACAUUUUUAAAAGCCAAACUGUAAUAGGUGAAGAUGGCAAAUAAAAAACACUGCAAAAAACAUCUGACCUGAGUUGUGGAACUUGUUUUUCAUCUUAAUCCCACUUGUGCAAAUUAUUGCUUAAGAAAGGUUAGCCUGUGCUAGACUAUUUAACUGUCAGUUAUCUUAACCAGAGAAUAAUGUUUUUGUGUUAGUUACAGUCUGUAUUGUUUAAUAUAUUAAGGUCAAUUACAGGACUUCUACUCUGCUGUGUAAGGACUGUAUUAUCUGCUAUGAAUGCAAACUUCUGUUUAAAUUGUUGAAGAGCUGUAUCUCAUUGAUUAUAAUUUAGCAGACUGAUACAAAAAGGUGGUCUGUGACUUUAUAAAAAGACCUACAACCCCAGUGAGGCUGAAGUUUAUCAAAAUUCUUCUAAGAGUGAGUGUAAACACUCUGUAUGAAGUUUAACUGCAAACAGCUAACAAUGUGCUGAGUGCUUUCUCCCUGCAGCAGGUAAAUGUAGUUCACCUGGCAUUAAUCUUAAAAGUUUUAGUUCUAAUGCUUGCAUUUGGAAUGCUAUUCUGAGCAGCUGCUCAAAUGGUGGCCUAUUUUUGAAACUAUCUAGAGGAAAACUGCUGGUUUGUUUUCAUAUUGGCUGUUACAUUCCAGCCGCAUAACUGCUGAGUUUCCUAGAAGAGAGAACACAAAACAGGAAUGUACAUUGGUAUUUUGAGGAUGUAGAUAAAUGAUUUGUUUUGCUAAAGACCUCCUCCACAUCGCAGCUGUUCUGCAACACCUGCCCAGCAGUCUA